UUUGCAUUUGAAGGCAUUACUGAGAUUCUCGUUUAUGUUUUCAGGAAUUUACUGUCAAAUUAGUACAGUGACAGAAGUGCCAGUAAAGGCUGGGGGCUCGAUUUCCAUCCCCUGUCUCUAUAAUGAACAACACAAAAAAAAUGUAAAAUACUUGUGUAAAGGAAAAAAAUGGCAGUCUUGUGAAAAAGUUAUUGACACCAGUCAAGCAACAACUGGAAGAUAUGCUAUUGUUGAUGACAGACAUCAAAACAUCUUCAAUGUCACAAUAAAUGAGUUGACAGACAAGGAUAGGACGUUUUGGUGUGCAGUUGAAAAACUAGGAAUGGAUGUCAAACAGGAUUUUAAGCUAUCAGUCACCUCAGGUUCUGCAAGUCUGUAUGUGGAGCAACAGGAAAUAGCCGCGGUUGAGAAAAGAAGUGUAACUGUCAUUUGUUACUACAAAAAUAAAAAAGUAAUCAGAUGGUGCAGACUGAGCAGCACCUGUGUAAAAGAACAGCUCGGACAAAUAGAUGGAACAACUGUGAAAUUAAAUUCAAGUGUUUAUGGAAUGUUCAAUGUGACCAUGAGUGAGCUGAGGACUGAGAGCAGCGGCUGGUACUACUGUGCCACUGAAAACUUGCAGAUGCCAGUGCAUGUUGCAGUUUAUGAAUCAGUCAUGACAACGACUGUGUCGACUACGACACAGAGUCCCAGCACAACAACCUUCACUGGAAUCACUGAAUCCUACACUCUAUCAGCACACAAUAUUUAA